GCUCCGGCUGGGAUUGGUCGCUAUUGUAUAGUUUAAAUUAAGGCCCGCCUCCCCAGGCGAGUGUCAGAUUUCACGGUUUUUCUCCGCAGCUGAACUUCAUCACAAAGUCCUCCAUUAUCCUUAUCAUUAUCAACAGCACUGUGUUCGACUGUGUUUGGUUUUAUUCUAUCGGCUUUUUUAAAUAGUUUAUCUGGAGGUUGAAAAACACUUCGUAAGUGUUGUUUUAAUAAAAGUAUUACAGACUACUACCGGUGCGCCAUGGCAGACCAAGCCGAGCACGGAGCGCCUCCCCCGGCCGCCGCCCGGCCCAGGAGACCCGCUCACAACACCAACCCCAACCUACGACGGAGAAGUCGACAAAGUCAACCGAAACGGGCGUCUAAUCGGGUGCUCUUAGAGAAGGUGUUGGGCAUCACCUUGGCCAAUGGCAGCAGUCUGGCGUGUGACCCCUCCUCCGGUCUGGUGGCCUACCCUGCUGGAUGCGUCAUCGUGCUCCUUCAUCCUGCGAAGAAUAAACAGAGUCACAUCAUCAACUCAUGCAGGAAGACGGUGUCAUCGUUGGCCUUCUCUCCGGAUGGGAAGUACCUGGUGUCCGGUGAGAGUGGCCACAUGCCGUGUGUGCGCGUGUGGGACGUGUGUGAGCGCUCCCAGCUGGCGGAGGUCCAGAGCCACAAGUAUGGCGUGGCCUGCGUGGCCUUCUCCCCAAGCUCCGCCUACAUCGUCUCCGUCGGUUACCAGCACGACAUGACCGUCAGCGUGUGGGAGUGGAAGAAGGGCACGGUGAUAGCCUCUAACAAGGUGUCCAGUGGUGUGGCGGCCGUCUCCUUCUCUGAGGACAGCAGCUCCUUCGUCACCGCGGGGAAACGACACGUCAAGUUCUGGAACCUGGACGCCUCUAGAGAACGCAGGGUGAACAGCACGGUGCCCCUGAUUGGGCGGUCCGGGCUCCUGGGGGACUUCAAGGGCAGCGUGUUCUGCGGCGUGGCGUGCGGGCGGGGCGCGGCGGCGGACAACACGUACGCCGUCACCAGCGGGGGGCUGCUCUGUCUGUUCAACAAGAGCCGCGACCUGGAGGCAUGGGUGCACCUCAAGACGGCGUCGGCCCGCUGCCUGGCGGUCUCUGAGUCCUUCGUGUUCUGCGGCUGCUCUGACGGGACGGUGCGCGUCUUCAGCCCCCUCAACCUGCAGUUCAUCUCCAGUCUGCCCCGACCCCACCGCCUGGGGGUCCAGCUCCAGUACCAGGGGACGGAGUCCCCUGAUUGGCCCAGCCAGCCGGUGUACCCGGACACCGCGGGGGUGACCUUUGACCCCCGGGCGGGUCAGCUGACCUGUGUGUAUAACGACCACAGUGUGUACGUGUGGGAUGUGCAGAACAUCCUCAACCCUACCAAGAUGUACUCGGCCCUGUACCACAGCGGCUGUGUCUGGAGCGCAGAGGUGUAUCCUGAGGUGGAGGGAGGCCUGCUUCCCGCCUCGUCCUUCCUCACCUGUUCCUCCGACAACACCAUCAGGGUGUGGCUCCCGGACGGGCCCCCAGGGCCGGCCCCCGAUCCCCGAACUGGGGGGGCCCCGGCCCCCGCUAACCGCUACAGCAAGGACUUGGUGCGGGUGGUGUACGUGGGAGACGACACUCAGCACCUGCAGGACGCCGCCGGGGCUGAUGGGAAAUCAGGCGUCCGGGUCCUCGGAGUCAGCCCUGAUGGACGCCACAUCGCCGCCGGCGACCGCAACGGAAAUCUGCGUGUGUUUGGUGGGCGGACCCUGGAGGAGCUGGUGCAGAUCGAGGCUCACGACUCGGAGGUGUUGUGUUUGGAGUUCUCACCUGCUGAUACAGGUGUGAAGCUUCUGGCCUCGGCCAGCAGAGACCGUCUGAUCCACGUCUUCAACCUGGAGAACAACUUCAGCCUGCAGCAAAGCCUCUACGACCACUCUGGUUCCAUCACCGCCAUCAAGUUCACUGGUCCAACUUCCUGUGCUCCGAGUGCAGCGGUCAGCCUGGUGAGCUGUGGAGCCGAUAAGAGCAUCUACUUCCGCCGGGCGGAGCAGACAGCGGAGGGCGUGGUGUUCUCCAGGAGCCACCACGUGGUGGAGAAGACCACGCUGUACGACAUGGACCUGGACCCGUCCCGCCGCCACGCCGCCGUCGCCUGCCAGGACCGCAACAUCCGGAUCUACGAGGUGGAGACGGGGAAGCUCCAGAGGUGUCUGAAGGGCUUCUCGAGUGACGAUGGAGCCGUGCUGAAGGUGCAGGUGGAUCCGUCCGGCUGCUACCUGGCCACCAGCGGCUCCGACCGCAGCAUCUCUAUCCUGGACUACGAGACCGGGGAGACGGUGGUGACACUGUUCGGACACUCGGAGAUUGUCACCAGUAUGAAGUUCACCCUGGACUGCCGGUACCUGGUCACCGUGUCUGGGGACAGCUGUGUGUUCCUGUGGCGCCUGGACUCCCAGAUGACCACCACCAUGAAGAAGACGCUGGCCCGGCGGAGGCUGGAGGCGGGGCUUAUUGUCGACAACAGACCAACCAGCAAGCAGCUCUCCAUCAGGAGGGAGACCUUCGUCGCUCUACCUGCAGGCAAGCUUCCUCUUCCUCCCACCCUGGAGGAGGACACAGAGGCUCCUCCUGAGACCCCCGCCCGCCUGCUGCCCCCAGAGGAGUCGCUGCUCCUCGAGACCAACGGCAAGCUGCCCAUGUGGUUCCGCAAGCUGGAGGGCGGGGCGGGCCUCCAGGUACCUGCGGUCCCACGCGGUCGCUGGGCUCAGCAGGCCUGCCCCCUCACUAUCUACAGCCCCCCCGCAGCAAGCCACGCCUCCCCUGACCUGGGGGAGGAGCCAGGGGAGGAGCCGGGGGAGGAGCCGGGGGAGGAGCAGGACGAGGAGGGCCUCUUCCACCCCCAGAGUUUGGACAGCCUGCUGGGCGGCUUGGAGGAGGAGGCUGCUGAGGAGCCCUCUGAGCCGAUUGGCUGUGCAGGCACUGACAUCAUGAGCCAAACCUUUGUUUCAUCUUCAACCUUUACGGCAGAAGGGGACUUUGAGGUGCAGGCGGCAGAGCAGCGUGGGGUUCGUCAGGGGGCGGAGCCAGGGGCGGAGCUGAGCCAGGACUCCGCCUACUGCGACGGAUCGGCCGGAUACCAGCAGGACGACACAGACUCCCUGAGCCAGGCCAGCUCCCUGGGGAGCUCAGGGGUGGAGGAGGAGGAGGUGGAGGAGAACCCCGGCCUGAUGAAGACCCACUUUGACACCCUGGCCACGCCCACAGAGCGUUUCGACACUGACCUGCGGGCGCUGCAGGUGCAGGAGCGGCCGUUCCUCAACCCCCGCCUCAGCAUCUCCACGCGCUUCCUGUCGCGCUUCCAGGACCGCCUCCGAGUCGGCCCCCCGCACUCCCUCCCUCCCCCCAUCUCUGAGGAGCCCUGUCGACAGGUGACCCGGCCCCUGCGAUCCCUGAGCUCUGCCGAGGAGACCCCGUCGAACCCCCGGAGAGGAGCAGAGCUCCCAGACCGGACCCUGUCCACCAGUCUGCCCAGCGAGGGGCCCAGUGAGGGCGCCCCCCCCGCCCGGCCCUCAUCCCCCCGCCUCCCCCUCCCCCCUGCCCCCUCCUCCCCCGUGGAGGAGGAGCUGCAGACUCCCCUCCCCUCCUCUGUGCGCGCCCCCCCCGCUCCCGGCCCCUCCCCCCAGAGGACCCCGUGUCUUGUAGCCGCGGCGUUGCCGCGCCAACGGGCUGUCCUGACCGACAGCGAGGCUCAGAGCAGCGUCUCAGGAGGUCAGGGGGCGGCGGCAUCAGCUGACCCCUCCCCGGCCCAGUCCUCCUCCCCCAGGGGGGGUGCCAGCCUACAGGAGGUCCUCUGCACUCCAGCUGAAGGCCUGGAGCCCCUCAGCCUGGAGCCUUCUCCCAGCCUGGAGGCUUCCCUCAGCCUGGAGCCCUUCAGCCCGGAGCCCCGCAGCCUGGAGCCUCCCCUCAGCCUGGAGCCUCCCCUCAGCCUGGAGCCUCCCCUCAGCCUGGAGCCUCCCCUCAGCCUGGAGCCUCCCCCCAGCCUGGAACCUCUCAGCUUGGAACCUCUCAGCCUGGAGCCUCCCAGCCUGGAGCCCCCGACCCUUGAGCCCCCCAGCCUGGAGCUCUGUCAGCAGGCUGCUCAGGAGUUGCGGCAGGCGGUGCAGCGGGCGCUGAACCUGCAGCGGCAGGUGGCCGGCGUGUGUGCGUCCGAGCGGCGUGCCGCCAUGGCGACUGUCCUCGAGGAGGCGCUGGUCUCCGCCCACAACGACCUCGGCGCCGUCUGCGCGUCUGACAGGAAGUGCAGCCCUGACUCCGCCCCUCCGCGACCGGAGGCUGACGAUAGGACGAUGGAGCUGCUGGAGAGAUACUCUGACCUUCUGCUGAACAUGACCCGUGGCAAAGUGGAGCAGCAAAGCAUCAUGGGAGUCGUGGACAACGCUGGGUCGCAUUAGCAGCAAAGCAUCAUGGGAGAUGUUGACUCCCGUUGCUCGCAGCAAAGCAUCAUGGGAGAUGUUGACUCCCCUUGCUCGCAGCAAAGCAUCAUGGGAUAUGUUGACUUCUCUUGCUCGCAGCAAAGCAUCAUGGGAGAUGUCAACGUUCCUCGUCCUUAUGUAAAUGUUUUGUAUAAAGGUUUUAUAUUUAAGUAUUUAAUUAGAGUUUUGUGCAAAUAUCUGAAUUUUCCAAUGUUAUGGAUCAUUUUUAUACUUUUGGGAGAAAUGGAAAACAGGUUUUCAGUUGUCCCCAUAGCAACACGUCCUAUUAUGGGAUGUGCUGUGCAGUCAGCUCUGGACACGCCUCGAAAGUCAGUCAGUAUUAAAGUUUUAAAGUUUCAGCUUUGCUCUCAGAGUCGGGAAUAAAAGCAGCGUUCGAAUGA